AGCGCUGCUCGGCCCCGGCUCCCGCCCGCCCCGCCGCCUCCCGGCCUUCCUCCUCCUCCUCCUCCUCCUCCUCCUCCUCCUCCUCCUGCUCUUCUCCGUCCGGGCCCGGCCCGCCGCCUCCAUGAGCCCGUAGCUCCCGCCGGCACAGCUCUCGCUGCGCGGGGCAGAGCGGAGCCGGGGCCGCCGCCGGCCGCCAUGGCGUCCAACAUGGACAGAGAGAUGAUCCUGGCCGACUUCCAGGCUUGUACUGGUAUAGAAAAUAUCGAUGAAGCUAUAACUUUGCUUGAACAAAAUAACUGGGAUUUAGUGGCAGCUAUAAAUGGUGUAAUACCACAAGAAAAUGGCAUUCUGCAAAGUGAGUACGGUGGAGAGACUUUACAAGGACCAGCAUAUGGCCCCACAAGUCAUUCUACAGCAGCUUCUUCAGCUUCUUCAUCUUCCUCAGCAUUUCGCCAUGUAGUGCCAUCUAGACAAAUAGUGGAAAGACAACCUCGAAUGCUUGACUUCAGGGUUGAAUACAGAGACAGAAAUGUGGAUGUAGUACUUGAGGACAGCUCUACAGUGGGAGAUAUCAAACAUAUUCUAGAAAAUGAACUUCAGAUUCCUGCAACUAAAAUGCUGUUAAAGGGGUGGAAGACUGGAGAUGUAGAUGAUAGUACUGUUUUAAAAACUCUACACUUGCCAAAAAAUAAUAGUCUUUAUGUUCUAACGCCUGACCUGCCUCCUCCUCCUUCAAGUCAUUCUGGAGCCCUGCAGGAGUCAUUAAAUCAAAACUUCAUGCUGAUCAUCACCCAUCGAGAAGUCCAGCGGGAGUACAACCUCAACUUCUCAGGAAGCAGUACCAUUCAGGAGGUAAAACGGAAUGUGUACGACCUAACCAGUAUCCCUGUCCGUCACCAGCAGUGGGAGGGCUGGCCUCCUUCUGCCACAGACGACUCAAUGACUCUAGCAGUGUCAGGAGUGAAUUUUCCUUGCCAUCGACUUACAGUUGGAAGAAGAUCUUCACCUGUACAAACAAGGGAACAGUCAGAGGAGCAGUGCACUGAUGUUCAUAUGGUUAGUGACAGUGAUGGAGAUGACUUUGAAGAUGCUACAGAGUUUGGAGUUGAUGAUGGAGAAAUGUUUGGGGUAGCAUCAUCUGCCUUGAGGAAGUCGCCAAUGAUGCCAGAAAAUGCUGAAAAUGAAGGAGAUGCCUUAUUACAAUUUACAGCAGAGUUUUCUUCAAGAUACGGCGAUUGCCAUCCUGUUUAUUUCAUUGGAUCAUUAGAGGCUGCUUUUCAAGAAGCCUUCUAUGGGAAAGCUAGAGAUAGAAAGCUUCUUGCUAUCUACCUCCACCAUGAUGAAAGCGUACUAACCAACGUCUUCUGCUCACAAAUGCUGUGUGCUGAAUCUAUUGUCUCAUAUCUGAGUCAGAACUUCAUUACCUGGGCGUGGGACAUGACAAAAGAAGCAAACAGGGCAAGGUUUCUGACAAUGUGCACAAGACACUUCGGGAGUGUUGUAGCCCAAACAAUUCGAACUCAGAAGACGGAUCAGUUUCCACUUUUCCUUAUUAUUAUGGGAAAACGAUCAUCUAAUGAAGUAUUGAAUGUAAUACAAGGUAACACGACAGUGGAUGAGCUGAUGAUGAGGCUGAUGGCUGCAAUGGAGAUCUUCAGUGCCCAGCAGCAGGAGGAUAUAAAGGAUGAGGAUGAACGUGAAGCCAGAGAAAAUGUGAAAAGGGAGCAGGAUGAGGCAUACCGCAUAUCGCUCGAGGCUGACAGAGCAAAGAGGGAAGCACAAGAGAGAGAAAUGGCAGAGCAGUUUCGUUUGGAACAGAUUCGGAAAGAACAGGAGGAAGAACGUGAGGCUAUCAGGCUUUCUCUUGAGCAGUCUUUGCCUCCAGAACCAAAAGAGGAAAGCACCGAGUCGGUCAGCAAGCUGCGCAUUCGGACGCCCAGCGGAGAAUUCUUUGAGCGGCGUUUCCUGGCCAGCAGCAAGCUGCAGGUUGUCUUUGAUUUUGUGGCUUCCAAGGGAUAUCCUUGGGAGGAAUACAAGCUUCUGGGCACCUUUCCGAGGAGAGAUGUGACCCAACUGGAUCCAAAUAAAUCUUUACUGGAGGUAAAACUGUACCCUCAAGAAACCCUUUUCUUAGAGGCAAAAGAAUAAUCAGACAAGAUUGUAGGACUAAUCAUCUUUCGACAAGCCAGAGGCACAGCAUCAAGAGGAACGCUUCAUCGACGCCAUCUUGUACUAUCAUCCAACUCAACUCAAUGUCACAACUUUGCCUCUUGCAGGAAUUUGAAAUAACAUAGCUACGUAAAGUUCCACGUACAUGAGUGUAUGUUCCAACCUCGUUUAAAUGAGCAGAGGAUGAAAUUCUGCUGUGAACACUGAACGUUAUGACUAUGUUGCUCACUUAUCAUCCAGCUUUUGUUAUAAUUAAUGCACUGUUAAAAUGUGAGUGAUUGUUAAGUAGAAUUUUUACUCCUCAAAUGCCCCUUUUUCACCAAGAAAUCUUGGACAUUUCUGCCUGUACUUUUGACACUAGAAUGCUGUAUAUUUGAUAUCUCGCUGAGCCAGUGCUCUCAUAUAUAUGCAUUUUAUCUCUGUGUUUGAAUUUCUACUUUGUCACCUAAUUUAAAAGGCAGAAAAAAAAAAUAACAGGACAUUCUCAGCCAUGGAAAUUUAACAGUAUUAUGGUAGAAGGCAUAUAAUUUUUGUUAGUACUUUCUGACUUCUUUGAUAAGAUGUAAGGUUUUGUUUGAAGAAUAUAGUUUGACAUAUAUGCGAGGUAUUUAUUUACUGGUUCUGCUUUGGGUCUCAGUUCUGAUUCAUUUAGGAAGUAUUUUCCAUUACAUUGCAGUGUGUGAAACUGCUUAUUGCAUGAUGUGAAUAUUUAAAUAACAUUAGAAAUGGCCAGGACCAGAAAGCUGGUAUCUUGCCAACGCUUCAGGAAUCAGCUGUUAUUGAAUAUCAGCUGUUAAAAACCUUUCAAAUACCAGAUACAAAAGUUCUUUAUUUCCCGUUGAGAAAGGAAUGGCAGUUCCCAUUUUGGCGGUUUUCCUUCAUUCUGGGCUUGUUUGUAUCCCAUUACUCUGUUGUUCUAAAGCACCUUGUUUGUUCCAUCAAACAAUGAGUUAUCUCAAGAAACGGUGUAGUAAGAAAUCUGCCUUACUAUUGCACACUUUGGACAUUUUAGCAGUAGAUUGCUGAUCCCAUCUCAAAUUGAAGAAAUCCGAGAUCCGUUGUCUGAAAUGUAUGCACCAGCUACCUGCUGUCUGAUGAGGAGAAAUCUGGUACUUUAAAUUCCUCAACCAUGGAACAAACAUACUCGGUCUAAAAUCAGAAAGUACACUUAAUGCCAAAUGUGCAUCAAAACAGCUUGGUUUGGGGGGGUUUUGUUUGUUUUUGUUUUGUUUUUAAAUCUGGACUUCCAGGAUAGUGCAACAUAGCACUGCAGAAUUGUCAUCUACUAACCAAACUUGUUUGGUAGUGCCUGGCACAUUGUUUUCCACGUGUUUCUAUGUAAUACACAGUGCUUAUCGUAGCAGGAGUUCUGUUUUGGAAAUUUCAUACUAAGCAAAGACCAACUGCAUACAUCUUCUAGUCUUUAGUCUUUUCUUUGGAAGGAUGGUGAUAUAAGAUUAUAUGUAUGCCUAUUAUUAGGGUGUUAGUGAAGCUCAUAUAUUGUUACCUUUACCAAAAAUAUAAAUUUUGGAGCAGGGGAAAGCCUUAUUCUACCUUUUGUAAUUCUGUAAUUAGUGAGUGCUACAUCAGACACUUUUAGAAAUGAAUUAUCUGUGACAAACAAAAGGUUUGGAAGUGUAAGUGAAUCUUAACCAUUUGCAGUUCACAAAUAAAAGAAUUCAUAGCCAAUAGAAAGAUAAAUGUAUGUGUAAUGGAAACCUGAAUGCAGAUGCUUCGUUCUCAACUUCUGUUUUCUUGGUAAAAGAUCCACCGUUUAUUAAAUAUGACAUUAGCAUAGGUUGCAAAUUGGGGUGGCGCUGUUUCUACAAACAAUCACAGUAACACAUACAGGAGGAUUUUAAAGUGAUGCAUAUCUUUUUUUCUUUUGUCUUCUUUCUGAGCUGCUGUUGAGGAAAGGAGUUGUUGAAAUAUUGCUGCAGAAGAAAAGCAACCUUUCAGCUAACUUGUUUCUGUUAACCUGUUCUGUUUAACUUCUGUUUGAUCUCAGCGGGCUGUUUUCUCUCGUUCAACUUUAUUUCUGUAUUUUGACUUUAUAUUCUUUACUUUGAUACUAGUUUUGUAAAUUUAUCAAAUGUGACUUGAAUAUUUGUUGAACGUGUUGAAGUCAGUGCUCCCAGGUUCUGUUAGGCCUUUUUUGUUCUAAGACAAGUUUUAGGGCUUUUUUUCCCCUCUUUUGUUCACAUUGAAAAAUACACUGUCGUUAUCAAAACAUUGUGGUGAGAAUUAACUGGAAGUGUUGAAAGUGGUGGUGUUACUGCCCUCUGGUACAUAGACCAGGAGCAGUAUAGAAGGUGCAUUCUGCCAAAACAAGUGUAUCACUCAAUUUAAAUAAAGCAUUUAUGAUUUUUGUCCUUAAAUACUGAUUUCAAAAAGCGGGCAUCUAGUCAUCUCUCUAAAUGACAUCCUCAGUGCGAGCCAUUUUCUGUGUAGAAACGUUAAUAUUCUCUGCCGUCAUUUUCUGCUCUCUUAAACCAUGGAAUUCACCUCAUGUGCUCUGCUGACAUGGUUAAUGCUCUCGUCGUUCUACAGACUAAUUUUCUAAUUCAGCAUUAACCUAAAACUGUAACGCUUUUAUUGCAGAAGUUAUCCCUGAUUCCACAUUUUCUAUCUCCAGGUUCCUCACAUUAGUGGAUCAUCAUCAAUGUGAUUAAUGCGUUAGUUUUAAGUCUAAAGGAAUGGCUGUUAAUGAAUGGAAUCCUGUACGAUGUGUUGGCUUUUGAUAUUGGCCUUCAGCGCAUGAUGGUGAAGCUGGGGCUGUCUUUGGCUUUUGAAGAAACUUCCUGCUGUAGACAUUGCUGUUCUAAAUUCCAUUAGAGAACGUGCAGAGCACAGGUGCUUGUCAUGUAUUCUCUGCAUGAGCACUCCUCAAUUUAGUGAGAGUGCCGAGGGAGUUUCUAAUGGAGCUACGCUGGGGGUCUGUUUAUUCUUUUUAAUGUAGCACAAAAGGACUUUGGCUUUCGUAAACUGUACGUACUCGGUAACGUUAGAAAUUUAAAAUAAAUUUUCAAUUACAGUACUAUUUCUACUAAAAACCAUAUGAUUUCACUCUUCCGUGUGUGGAGAAAAACGAAAUCAUUGUGACCCGGAUUCACAGAAGGACUGAAGCAUUUCCUUAUUGAGCCCUGUGGUCAGACUCCUUAAAUGAUUCAGAGUAAGACUGAGGUUCCCUAGAUGAGGUCCACGACAAAAAAUGAAUCAAACCAAAAACCCUUCAGAAUACAUGUGAAGAAUCGCUGCCAGGCAGAACCAGAAAAUGGUUACAUGGGCUGACAGAAAUGUGGAAGGUAGAGAUGUCCAAUGGACACUGCUAUGCAGUAGAGCUGGGGGUUCCUGCUCUGUGCCAGCCCAGGGUGCCUUGUGCCACUCGGGGUCCACAGCUCAGAGGCCUUCUGCCAAGACAAGCAUCGAGUCCUUUGUUCCAACGUCUGGCAGCACAAGGCACAUCUUUAUUUCAGUAGUGGUGGUUUUUCCAUCAGUCUCCCCUGAAGUUUUUAACUGAAUAGUACUUGACAUUGAAGUUUUCGCAGAUUGUGGCCAGCAUGGGUCUGGGGAGAAACAAGCCUGAAUCUUCAGUGUUUCAGAAGACUGCUGUAAGACCACUAUAGCACAGGCUGCUUCUAAUGUGUGAACUGACUCCCUGCUGUCAGAGCUGUUUGACUGCCGAACAAUGUAAUUAUUUAAGCUUGUUUAGAGGGAGCGUGCAAACAGGAGUCCGAUGUUUCAGGAGAGUGGCUGAGGUGCUUGCCUGGGAUGGGCUCUGCGGUCCUUUUCCAGAGACUGUUCACUGCAGUCCACUGCUUGGUGUGUGCAUAGCAGUACCAACAGAAAGCAGAAGAUGAAGCAGAGAGUGAAGAUGAGAGGAGCACAGAAUGUUGCUGCUCCUGCUCCUGUUUGCAAUACUCAUUUAUGUUGGGUUACACAGAUGUGGGCAUGAGCAAAAACUCAUGGAUACCCUUGCAGAAUUGGGGUUUGGUUCAACACCGUUCAUAAUUUUGAAGACCUCUGUUAUACCUUUGUAGUUCUCUCACCUUUAAAUUUGAGGAGCUCUGGGUUAAUGUGUCUGCUUCAUGUACAGGGUCAGGCUGGGUGGGGCUCUGAGCAACCUCAUCAAGCAGUAGAUGUCCCUGUUCAUUGCAGGGAGUUGGACUAGGUGACCUUUGAAGGUCCCUUCCAACUCAAAUGAUUCUAUGAUUCUCUAUUUGUAUGUUCUUGCCUUCCCUGUAUCAUUUCUAAUAUGUCCUACCCUGAGUGAAUAAAUUUCAUGCCAUCUUCCAGGACAGACAGGACUUGUAUCAGGAGCUUACGUGCUGUCCUAGUGACACUGGUGACAUCCUUUUAUUCCCAGUUCCUUCUCCAAUAAUUCCUUUUUCUAUUUGCCCCUGAUUACUACUACACUUUCUCACAUAAAUAUCCACAAAGAACCUACAAUGUCUGUCUUAGAUGUUAACAUCUGUUUUAGGAGUGACACCCAUCUGUAGAGUCAAGGCUAUUCAGACUUCCCCAAAUACACGAGCUUUACACAAGCAUGUUACACGAUUGCUGCAUAUCAAAAUACUUUUAGAAUGCCUUGCCAUUACCUUAAAUUUAGCAUUCACUCUUGAAUUUCAAGCAAAUAAAGCAAAUGGUAUAAAGAUUUUGCUAGCCGAAGUUUGUACCUUAGUCAGCGGUUUUCUCUGUGGAUUCUUUAUAUGUGUAAUAAGGGCUGAAGUUGUGCUGCAGCCUUCAUACAAUUCAGUUAAAAUGUCACUCAACUGCUAGUUACAAAAGUAGGCUUCAUUCGUUUUUGUACUGAAAAGAAAACUAUUGGUCAGCAAAAUCAGUAUUCUGUUCUUAUUAGCAAUGAAUUUUGUGUCCUGUUUUCCCAACUCCAUGCUGUGACAGCGUUCCACAGUUCAGUGCUAUUCAUUUUUGGUCCAGUCAUCUUGAGUGAGUCGGUAUCAUUCAUUAAUGCCUUCACCACACUGCCUAUUGUGUUUCCCAGAUGCUGUACGAGCACCUUAAAUAACACAGGUCCCUACAAAGAUCCCUGGGGACACUGCUGGUAACCCUUCUUGCUGUUAAACCCUGCUUUCUGCUUCCAGCUACCGCUCUCUUAUUUCUCUCAAGAAAAGAUGUUUCCACUGCAGUAAAUGUUACUGCAGACAACUAGCUCAUCUUUCCUGCAAUUGCCCUACUUUCAUUAAGUGCUCCUUUUACACCCUGAAAAUAUGUGAGUCCAAUUAUCUUUCUGGCAGGCUUCCUAUUUCUGAUAUUUUUAAUUAUCUUUUACACCUUUGGUGGUAGUUCCUCAAGGUCUGUAGGUUGUUUAGUUUUGCUUUGGUGUGUUCCAGAAGUUAAUGGUCAUGUUUCUUCCUUCUCCUCACAUGAGUCUGUCUUGCAGUUGCAUCCUUCCCUGUGCUGGCUUAUGUGGCUCAAUCACUGCAGCUUGGGGGAUGGGGAAGAGAAAGGGUGAGAUUCUGGAGUCCUUUACAAAUUAAUUAUAUAUGUAUUCUGAAGAUCUAGGACAGUAUCUUCAAAUACACUUAUUCUUUUAACUGUGACGAUUCGAUUUCCCUUUGGUAUCUUCCUCUUCAUGUAGUUUUCUUUGACUGAAAAAUUAAUUCUGGUGGUUUUCUUCUUU